AUGGAAGAUAAAGAAUUCAAGAAACAACUCAAACCAAAUCCAGGAAGUAAAUCCUUAACUGCCAAUAAGGAUGACCAGUUAAAAGCACCAACCAAUGAAAAUUAUAAUGAACCAAAUAUUGGAGAUGUUUACAAAUCCAAUCGUGGUGAAGAAGGAAAGAAAGAGGAUUUGUUUGGAGGAGGUUCUUUUGAUGAAAUGAAGGAAAAGAAGGAUCCAUCUCCUCUCACUAGAAGUAAAAUGGAAUAA